UCCCAGAUCGAGUGGCAUUCCCAGUUUAAAUAUGAUUCACAAACGGCCUUAUGAUGGUGAGGAUGUUUACAAUAUUGCUUGCAAGCACCUGAGACAUUGGGACAGCGUCGAUCACUUUGGUCCCAUCAUCGACAUUGUUCCGGAAAACAAUGGCUAUCCAGUCUCUUUUAGCUCAGGUGAUGACAGUUCUGGGAGGAGGAGUCAAGGUGAUGAAAGGCCUUCGAAUGAUUUGGUUAAGAUGGCAAAUGAAUGCGGAGCAGGAACCUCUGGCCAAGGCUCCAAGGCGUGUUGGAUGGAAAACGAUAUCGUAGGAUGUGAUCUGGAUUCCCUGAAGGGAUUUGCUCUGUCAUUUUUUCCGGAAUGCUUUGCGCAGACAGACCAACCAGCAUCUUCUUCUACGGAAGAAUUUCCUUCCCCGAAGCUUGGUCCGGAGCAUCAAGCCGAUGUUCCAGAUUGGUGUCCACUUGGAGAUGGUGCAGAUUGCUCGUAUGAAGAGAGGCUUAUAGGAACUUGUGUGAUUCCUAUGCCCAGUUUGGACUCGGUUUCAGACAAUGUUUGUCAGAGAUACAAGCAGGCUGAUGAAUGUGUUUGCCCAGAUCACGAUUCUGUUACUUGUGUCAGACAACAUGUAGCUAAAGCUAGAGAAGUUCUCAAGAGCGAGCUCGGAGAUGAUGCUUUCGAGGCAUUGGGCUUUAAUGAGAUGGGGGAAACUGUUUCAGUGACAUGGAUUGAGGAAGAAGACUUGUUCCAUGAAGUUGUCCGGACAAACCCUGCUAGAUCGGGUAAGAACUUCUUGGUUCAGCUACUGGAAGUUUUCCCGACCCGAACAAAGAAGGAUCUUGUUAGCUAUUACUUCAAUGUCUUCAUGCUUAGGAGACGCAUGAAUCAGAACAGAUGCUUGCCCCUACAUAUUGACAGUGAUGAUGAUGGAUGUCAGAUACCGGAUGAUGACCAUAAGGACGAGUUCAUGCUGGAUUCCCUCACCGGCCAACAUGAUGAUGCAAUACCUCAUCAAGAUGCUGCUUCUGCUAGUGUUUGUAACGUCAAACCUCUGGAUGAAACAGAAGGAAGUAUCACAGAGGAUCAGAAGGAUUCAUCUGUAUCUUCAGAGAUCAGGAAAGACGAGCAAGAACCCUUGUGAAGCUUGAACGAGAUGAUGUGCAGUGUGAUCUUCUCAGAAAAUUUUGUUUUGGGUAGGCAAAUUCUUUGUUUCAGUUAUACAACGUUUUCUUCGAGUUUUCUUGAGAAAAAAGUCUCUGUAAAUGUUUUGACAGUUCAGUUUUGUCUGAAUGUUGGAUUGAUGAUUCAUGCA